GCGUCAGUCAGGCGCUCGCGCUGUAUAAAUAGAGAAAUGGGGAAAGUUUUGCAAGCAGCGAUUCUGUGAAGGAAAACGUGCUGAAUUUUUUAAAACUGUCUCCUUUAAACUCUUUCUCCAGCAGCAUGGACAGCAUCCGGACAGCGGUGUAUCUCGGCGUGUGUGUGUUAUUGCUCAGCACUGUGUGUCAGGCUCACACUUCUCUGGACAACCGACUGGCCGUGUCCGAGGAGCAGCUGGUCACCAGAGACAUGGUUGAAGCACUGGAAAGCCUUCUGGAAGGAGAUGGAGACAAUCAGAAAGCAAUGGAUAAAAGAGCCAGCAUCAUUCCAAGAUGCGAUGUAGGAGAGCGGUGUGCCAUGAAGCACGGACCACGCAUCGGCCGUCUGUGUGACUGUAUGAGAGGGAGUGCGUGCAACACCUUCUUCCUGCGCUGCUACUGACCAAGCUUGCAGAACUACUUUCCAUCAGGCAUAGUGUGGCUAGCUCUGAUAGGAUCUUACGUUGCUGAUGUCUUAAAACUGUUGUCUGGUUCGUAAACCUCUCAUGUAUGUUUGAUAAAGACACAUGUAUGUUUACAUUUAUUUAUUUUUCUUUGAUAAAAUAUCUUUAAGACUCA